AAGCAUAUCCACUUCUAAUUAUUUUUGUAUUCUUUGGUGACCAAAAGAAAUGGAUUAAUUAAACUUUCCUUAGCUUGAUAUAAAGCAAAAUGGACACUACAGAGAGUCCUGCAACACGACGACGAAAGGCGAAGCUGAUGUUUGGACUUAAAGGGAAGAAAAAGAAGAAGGCCCGAUCUGACUUGGUGCUGGCAAACAAGGCAGCUCUGGACAGUGAAGGGGAGGUCAGUUCGGAAGCAUCUCAGUUGUUGGAGGAAAAAAGCGAUGAGGAUCAACAUGGAGCCAUCAGAACCAGAAUUCUGCCCAACACAAAAAGGUCCAAACUCAAAACACGUAUUCAGGACAGUGAAGAGAAGCCACAGAGCUUCCAGAUUGCUAUUAACAUCACGGAGGCCAAGCAGCUUGUGGGUGAAAACAUCGACCCUAGUGUUAUAAUUGAGAUUGGCGACGAAAAGAAACAGACAACAGUCAAAGAGGGAACCAACGCUCCUUUUUACAAUGAGUAUUUUGUAUUUGACUUCUUUGCCCACAAAGAGAUCUUCUUUGACAAAGUCAUCAGGCUGACGGUGAUGCAUUCCAAGAUGCUUAGGAGUUUCUGCAUCGGCUCAUUUAAGCUGGAUGUGUGGACAGUCUACAAACAACCAGGUCACCAAUUCAUCAACAAGUGGGCAAUGCUGACAGUCCCCGGUGACAUUAGCACGGGUUGCAAAGGUUACGUCAAGUGUGACAUUAGUGUCUCGGCAAAGGGGGAUGCCAUGCAACCCGGGAUUAAAGCCAGUGAUUCCGAGGAGCAAAUAGAAAAAAACCUCUUGAUACCAGAAGGAUUCCCAUCGGAACGACCCUGGGCUCGUUUUUCUGUGAGGGUGUAUCGAGCCGAAGGUCUUCCUCGCAACAACUCAAGUAUCAUGGCCAAUGUCACCAAGGCUUUUAUUGGAGACAACACAGCGCUCAUUGACCCGUUUGUUGUUGUUAGCUUCUUCAAACAAAUGGGUCGCACCACCACACAGAAGUCCAAUGCAGAUCCAGUGUGGAAUGAACAGAUUGUCUUCACUGAGAUGUUUCCUCCUCUGUGCCAGAGGAUGAAGAUCCAGGUUUGGGAUGAAGGAAGCGUGAGUGACGUUGCUAUCGGAACCCAUUACUUUGACCUGAGGCGAAUCUCCAACGAGCAAGAUGGCGACAGAGGCUUUUUACCAACUUUUGGUCCCGCAUGGAUAAACUUGUAUGGCUCCGUCAGGAACUCUCUGGGUGAUGACACUGCCGAGCUUAACGAGGGCAUUGGACAGGGUGUCGCUUAUAGGGGACGUGUCUUUGUCGAGCUGACGGUGGAGAUCCUAUCAGGCGGGAUGGGCCCAGAGUCCAAAGUUGCUCGGAUGGUGAAACCUGUAAGGGAUGCAAAGGCGGUAAAGGCUGGAGGGAAGGACAGUAAGACCCCAGCAGGUGGAGGAGUAGGAGGGGGAGUAUCUGGAGGAGGUGCAGGCGAUGACGACAAAGGGAAAGCAGCGGCGGAGGUUCUUCCUGUGGAAUGUCCAACGACAAUCGAUUCUGAGAACAAAGAGCAUUUCUUGCUCUUCGGGGCCUUAUUUGAAGCCACCAUGAUUGACAGAAAGAUUGGAGACAAGCCUCUAACUUUUGAGUUCUCACUGGGUAAUUGCGGUAACAUACAAGAGCCUGUGAGCCAGCCCGGUCUGAGUGCCCCAAGUCCUACCCUCAGCCGCAGGAGACAGCCACUGGACCUCCCAGAUAGGACCUCCCCUUCCUCCCCACUCUUAUCCAGAGAAUCUCAAGACCCCAGCAGGAUCUCUAAGUCCACCACACGUCCCCAGAAACCGCUCCCUGUCGAAGGAAACAGGUACUAUAUGCAUUUGCCUCUGGAGAAACAGAAGCCGUGCAUCAAUGUGUUGAGUCAAUGGGAAGACAGAACAUAUCGGCUAUACAACUCCAACAUGCUGGAGAACAUAGCAGCCUUGUUUGAGGAAGGAGUGACCGAGGCAGCUGAACUCCACAGGAAGUCGUAUCCCGGGGCCGAGCAGACACUAAAAACAACCGUCAAAGAUUUUUGCAUAGAUGCCAGGCGUUUCAUAGCAGCAGCAGAGGCCGAGUUGAAGGCUCAGUUAAAGUCCAAUUACCUGACGCAGCUGGACAAGAAACGCCUCUCGAUGUGCAAACAAGAACUGGAAAGUAUGGUUGGAGAUGCUCAGUCUCUAGUAGAGAGGAAGAGGAAGUCAGGUAGCAUGAAAGAAGUACUCCAGGAUGCAACAAAACUCACACAGAAACUACGCUUCCUAGUGGAGGAGCCUCAACACACCGUUCCAGACAUCUUUGUGUGGUUGUUGAGCAACAACAAACGCGUCGCAUACGCUCGGCUCCCGGCCAGAGAUGUCGUCUUCUGCAGCAAUCGGGAAGCUCGAGGAGUUCACUGUGGAAAGAUAAUAACGCUCUUCCUCAAGCCGCCAGGGAAACGUGUGACGGGUUUUUCGGUGCAGGCCAAAGUAGAUGUGUAUUUGUGGUUUGGAUCUUGCGUGGACUCUGUUCACAUGCUGGAUGAGCUGCCAAAAGGCUUCAACGCUGUCACCGGGGGGGUUGACACUAACAGUCCCCCAACUCACCUGACAUGUACAGAGCAGCAUCAGUUCCAGUUAAGGUGUCACAUGUAUCAAGCGCGCGGGUUGAUUGCAGCCGACAACUCGGGCCUUUCUGACCCCUUUGCUCGGGUCACGUACCUGUCACAUAGCCAGACCACCAAUGUGAUCAAUCAGACUCUCAGCCCCACCUGGAAUCAGUGCUUGCAGAUGAGUCACAUCGUGCUCAGUGGAGAUCUUCAAUACAUCCAGCAGGAACCGCCGAGACUCGUCGUUGAAGUGUAUGAUGACGACGCCCUGGGCAAGGCGGAGUAUUUAGGGUCCACAGUGACUUUGCCUGAGGUCCGCCUUUUCUCGGAAUCCUACACGCCACCUACGCUGCAAUACAGCCCGCUCCACUUCGCCAGCCAAUCAGGAGGAGAGCUUCUGGCCGCCUUCGAACUGGUGCAGAUUGCCAUGUCUGGAGAGCUGAGUCUGCCUCCCUUAAAGGAACAGGAAGGCGGCAUCUACGAGGUGCCUGAAAACAUUCGACCUGUUCUCAGUACAUACAGACUAGAGGUGUUAUUUUGGGGUCUACGAGAGCUUAAGAAGGUUCAGUUACUGUCUGUUGAUCGCCCUCAGGUGUUCAUAGAAUGUGCUGGAAAAACAUUGCGUUCUUCUGUUAUUCAACGAUACAAGUCCAACCCCAACUUCACCACCCUGGUUGACACCAUUGAGCUGGAGUUACCGGAGAACGAGCACCUCCACCCGCCGCUCAGCAUCACCGUUGUCGACUGGAGGGCUUUUGGUCGCAGCACGCUAGUUGGAAACCACGUCAUCAACAACCUGAUGACCUUUAAAUAUAUUGCUCCCCAAGCCCCACCUGCCUCCGCACAAAUGCACGCACCACCUGCAGUCAUGUUCACCCCAGAACCACAAAAAGCUGAGGAAUCUUUGCAGCAUGCUCCAGGGACUAGUUCCACAGUUGCGUCUACAACUCCCGACGUUCUCAUCACAGUUGAGGAGCCGACCUCCGAAAAGACAGAAAAGGCAGAACCCAGAAGGAAAAAGGAGAGCCACAAAAAGAGCACCCAUCGCUCCUCCAAGCGCAGAAGGCGGACCAUCGCAGACGAGUCAGCAGAGUGUGUCAUUGACUGGUGGUCCAAAUAUUAUGCGUCUGUAGAGAAACAGACCAAACAAACAGAAGGAUCGCCGUUCCCACAAAUCUUUGAAAAAGCCUUGCCGUACCACAGCUUGCUCAGCGAUGGAAUAGACUCUUUAGUGAACAGCUCAUCGGAUGGUAACAAGAAAAAGAAACAAAAGGGAAAAGGAACAUCAGAGCAAAACCUAAACUGUAGUCUCAGUCUGCCUACCAAACUGGCCACGCUGCAGCUUUACAGCAAGGAGCUGGAGGUAGAGUUCGGACCCUUUGACGACUGGGUCAACACAUACGAACUGUUCCGCGGAAAGGCCAGUGAGGAAGAGGGGUCGACAGAGGAGAGGUUCGUUGGCAAGUUCAAGGGGCGCUUCUGCUUGUAUAAGCUUACUGAAGAUGAGGAAGGAGAGUGGGAGGAAGACGAUGGACAUCUCAGAGUCAACAGAGGGAUUCCGCAGAACACCCCAGUUCAAGUCCUCAUUCGUGUUUACGUUGUCUCUGCAUCAAAUCUGCACCCGGCCGACCCGGACGGAAAGGCAGACCCUUACGUCGUCGUUCAACUUGGCAAGAAUGAAAUCAAAGACCGUGAGAACUACAUCCCUAAACAACUGAACCCCGUCUUUGGAAGAUCAUUUGAGAUGCAGGCGACGUUUCCUCAGGAGUCUCUGCUGUCUCUGCUCAUCUAUGACUAUGACUUGGUGGGAGGGGAUGACCUGAUAGGGGAGACCCGGAUCGACUUGGAGAACCGCUUCUACAGUCGACACAGAGCCACCUGCGGACUUCCAACUGAGUACAGUCUCGAAGGUUACAACGCCUGGAGAGACUGUCUGAAACCAUCCGAGCUGCUGUCAAAGCUGUGCAGAGAAAACAACGUGGACGGCCCUCACUUCAGACCAGGACGCAUCAUCGUGGCUGACCAAGUCUUCACCGGCAAGACGCUCUUCAUGCAUGAAGACGAAGAACCGGUAGAGUCCUAUGAGCACUUGUCUCUGAAGAUUCUGCAUCGUUGGGCCGAGAUCCCGACCGUCGGGUGCAAGCUGGUACCGGAACACAUUGAGACCAGAACGCUGUUUCACAAGGCUCGGCCCGGAAUGGAUCAGGGUCAGGUCCAGAUGUGGGUGGACAUUUUUCCCAUGGACCUGCCUCAUCCCGGUCCCGCAGUGGAUAUUUCCCCUCGCAAACCCAAGGGGUAUGAGCUGCGCGUCAUCAUCUGGAACACGGAGGAUGUCAUUCUGGAGGACAGCAACUUUCUGACUGGUCAGAAGUCCAGCGAUAUUUAUAUCAAAGGUUGGCUGAAAGGUUUGGAGGACGACCGCCAGGAGACUGACGUCCAUUACAAUUCUCUGACAGGGGAAGGAAACUUCAACUGGCGUUUUGUUUUCCCCUUCAACUACUUGCCGGCUGAGAAGGUAGUGGUGGUGAAGAAGCGAGACAACAUCUUCUCCCUUGACAAAACUGAACAGAAGCUGCCGGCUAUCCUAAGUCUCCAGGUGUGGGAUUUUGAAACGCUCUCCUCCGACGACUUCCUCGGCACGGUGGAGUUAGACCUCCACGGUUUUCCGCGUGGAGCAAAAACAGCCAAAUCGUGUAAAAUGGACAUCUUCACGGAUGGGACAGAGAGGAUCUCCAUCUUCCAACAGAAGAGGUCCAGAGGCUGGUGGCCUCUCAGCAAGUCUGGAGAAUUGACGGGGAAAGUGGAGGCAGAGUUUCACCUUGUGACAUCUGAAGAGGCUGAGAAGAACCCGGUGGGGCGAGCCCGCAAGGAACCAGAACCGCUGCCCAAACCCAACCGUCCCGACACCUCUUUUUCAUGGUUCGUCAACCCCUUCAAGUGUUUCUUCCACCUGGUGUGGCGGAACUAUAAGAAGUACAUCAUCAUCGCUUUUCUGCUGCUCAUCACAGUGCUCUUCCUGGUCCUGUUGUUCUACACACUACCUGCCGCCAUAUCCCAAAAGAUAGUCAAUGGGUAAUGUACACGCGGCAAAUGAAAAUGUUUUUAAACUUUAAAUUUAACUGAAGAUCACAUGAAUAGAAAUGUAUUGCCCCCUACACGUGCACACAGAGAAAAAAAAAAUAGCAGGUUUUUGAAAAUCCACUUUUAUUUAAAUUAUGUAUUAAUGUUUUAUUGUUAGAAUAAAAUGUUUACUAUUUGUGGGGGUAAACACUUUGUCUUUUCGGUUAUCACAAAAGAUCAUAAUUAAUCAAGAAAUAUUUUGACAAAAAACACAUGCAAGUUUCUUGUACACAGUAUAUUUUAAUCGGAACAAGUCCACGGCAUACACAAAACAGCUAAUAUGUUAAAUCUAUACACAGGAGGGUUGGUUUUCAGAACAUUUAAUCCAUUUUGUUUAAUCUAGUUUACAGUCAGUGUGUGCA